AUGGGCCCAUGCACGGAAAAGGAGCUGGAGACCUUGCAGGACUGGAUGACUCAACAAAUGGCCGGCGAACCGAAACCCAUGGCAACGGAAACACAUAUAGAAGCAACGGAUGGGGUAACAGUGGCCGGGAUGGACAUGGUCACACAACAGGAAGUUAGAAGGGCGCUGCGUAAACUCGAUGCUAGCAGUAGCAGAGGCCCAGAUGCAGUAUCCCCAAAGGUGCUGACAAUCCCUGGGCUUUUAUACGCAGAUGACCUUGUGCUGAUUUCGGAAGAAAAGAAAGAGUUGCAAGAGAUGCUAAAUCAAUGCGGAAAAUUUGCGGAGGAGAGAGGUCUGCAAUUUAACACAAAAAAAUCUGCCAUACUGAGCUGGGAUGAAAAGGACGAUGGAAUAGAACUUACUGUUCAGGGAACAGCCAUACCAUACCAGGAAACGUACACCUACCUCGGCAUCGACAUAGCAACUACACAGACCAGCCUCCAAGAUUAUGAGCAAAAGAUACGAGCAAAAGCACAGCAGGCAAUCAAGUACCUGAACAGGAUGGCACGAUGGAGUUUCCACUAUCCAUUGGUGCUACGAGAACUAUGGAAAACAGUGGUAGUCCCCACAAUUACAUAUGCCAAUGGAGCAGUCUGCAUAUACUCAAACACAAGAGAAUUUCUAGAACGCAAACAACGAGAGAUAGGAAGAAUGGCCCUGAGAGGCCACAGAAGUAGUAUAGAUUAA